UAAGAUUGUGGUUGUAAUUCUUAAAGUGAGAUUAGUUUUGAUGUGUUUUGGAUUAGAUUGUGAAUAUGGUGGUAAUCGGGUGUUUAUUGUGAAUUGGUCGAUAUUUAGAGAAACCUUUUUUUUGCGUGGUUGGUGUAAGUAGGUUAUUGCAAGUGGAAACAGGUGGGAUAUAUCGUCUGCUGGAUCCAGCAGGAGUUUCCGUGAACAGGUGCAGACGUUUGAGAAUUCUUGGCGGUUUCCUAACUUCUGCAGUGUGCCCAUCGAACUUGUUCGAAGCUGCCAGAAAUUAAGUAUUUUGUUAGGGAGAUAAAUCUACUUCCUGUGCAAAGCAGUUGUCGUCAAACUUUACACAGGAAGGUGCUUGAUAUCUACGAGAUUUGUUUGACAACAAGCAAGGGCAGGUAAAUCUAAUCUUCAUGCUGCGGGACUACAAACGGGUGUUCUCCCUUGGUUAUCAUGAUUAUGAUGACAGACCCCAAUGAGCAUGUCGCCGCCGGUCUACUCAGAGGUUCGCAGCAAAGACGGUUCACCUUUGACGACACGCCCCAGCGGAGCAACCCAAACCACUACGUCUCUCGUCAGCCGGUAGCCGACACCAGUCAACAGCUGAAGCCGGCAGCCGGCACGACCAAACAGCUGAAGCCGGCGUUGAGUCCGGACGAUGGGUACUGCACCGACAGCCGGUCCAACACGUUGUCCUCUGUGUCCUCCCCUCUGUCCUCCAGCCUCUCAUCUCUCUCCAUGUUCGACAGCGCCUCCUACAACCCCAACAGCGCCCCAUUCAACCCUAACAGCGCCUCAUUCAACCCUAACAGCGCCUCAUUCAACCCUAACAGCGCCCCACCUUAUAAUCAACAUAUCUCAUACAACAGCAUAAACAAUCAACCAGCUAUGCAGCGUGGACCAAUAGAAAAGGGACCCAAUCCUAUCGGAGCGAGGUCCCCUAUCAGCAAACACUCCGGAAUCCCAGCCAAACGCCGGGAACUACUUCUAGAAUCCCCUGACAACACUAGUCUAGAAGACCGAUUGCGUGCUUUGACGACUAUAGAAGAAGAAGAUUCAUCCGGUCCUUACAGAGACCGCGGUUUUGGAAAAAACGGAGCUAUGGGCUACACCAGGGAUUCUCAAGACUACCCAGGGAGUCCCCGGGACUUUCGAUACAACAAAAGAACAGUGGAGAACCCUGGGUUCGGUUCCGCUUUAAACUACGCCACGCCGCAGUCCGCGGACGCAGGAUAUUUCCGAGCGGUUCCAGUCGCCGUGGUGUCGAACGAAGGUUCUUCUUUUUUCCCAGACCGGGGGAGCGAUGGGUAUCACACGCCGAGCCCCCGGGGAGAUCACGUUUCUCAGAAAGGUUCUCAAGGCGGUGCCAUGGCGUCCCCGUCAAUCCAUCUAAACGGCGAUGGUUGGAGAGACUAUACAACUUUCUUUCAGAAGGAUUCAGAGAUACCUUUGCAUAAUAUAGACCCAGCCGGGCGUGGAAAGUUUACAAAUUUAUGCAACGAUGACGUGUUUGAUAUGGAUAUCAACAGACAAAUCGGGACUGGUUCCCCCGCUCAGCAUAAGAAAAUGAGUAGAUUUAAUUAUCCUGAAACUGAAAAUCUUGGAUUGGUUCACGGGAAGAAUGAAACAGUUUUAAAUCGAGGACAGACAAGGAGUUAUAGUUCAAGUUCUGGUCAGUUUAUGUACAGCGGUGUGGAAGAUACUGGACAGGAUAGGGCGGAUUUUCAAGGAGUAGAAAACAGAAGCAGCUUCCAACACGUUUCCCGACAGAGUCAGAUGAUGAGUUCAAUGCCAGAUUUGAGAUACCAGGAUCCGUCAUGGGUACCCGGAGUCACGCAGCCCCACGCCGGGAUUAGGAGCCACUACCCUCCGCACAACGACCAGUAUUGGUCACAACAACCCCAGUCGCAUGUGUACGAGCGCCUGACACAACCGAGAUAUCAGCCUUCACCUAAACCUCCUCCACAACCCGAGCCGCCGGUCCAUUCUCUAACCAACCGGUACGUCAACCAACAACAGAUGUACGCUUCGUCCAUGGACGUCUACGAUUCGACCCGGCAGUCGCGCGGGAAUAGUCAGAUCUACCCCGACCAACAGGUCGACGGCUACCCGGAAGCGGUGCUGCGAAGGUCAAGGUUGACAUCCUCAGCACGCGCGACCCCGACUCACCAAGACAGAUACUCCUGGCAGCCAGAGAGCAUGUACGACGCUCCACUGGAAUCGGAGAAAAUGCGACGAGCCGAAAGGACGUCUUUAGACUUAGGAAAUAUCCCGCAACUACAGAAACAAAUUCGAGCGACAUCUGAACUGUGUCUUCAAGCCUCCAGAAGACAUAUGUUCGCCUCGUCUGCAGAUAUAUACAAGUUAUUCUCUGGCCAGAAAAAGCCACCGACACCCGCGUCUCCAACUAUGAGUUGCCAAAAUGGCUUCAGCGGUGAGGCAAGCAGGCAAAGCUUGAACUCAACACCCAGCAAUAUUUGGCCAGGCGCUUCACACGCACCCGCCAGCCCGCAGUACGUUCAAGAAUCUCCGAGACCCAAACCAAAACUCAGGAUCGUAAUGCCGCCGUCUUCCUUAGCCGGGGUAUCUUCACCUAAGCCAAUUCGCGCAGACCACAGCAUCGGCAUCCCUCCAACAACAUGGUCAAGCAUCACGUCUUUACCCAACUCUGCUUUAUACGAGACAGACAAACCCUCCUUCCAAAGACAUACACCAAUGUCUUCGGUUAUAGACCAAGAGAGAAUAAACUUCCAACAAAGACCAAUCUCGGAUCGACCGCUUUUCCAAAGACAAUCCAGCGGAUACUCUUCAGAAACGGAACUCCAGCAAAUUGAAUUCAACGCCAAAUCAGCCCGGAAACUUCAAACACAUCAAGGGAUGUCACUCUCUUUGGAAAACUCUAACCAAGAGUUUAUCCCUCUGAAUAGAUCCGCUGACGAUUCGAAUACAGGGACGGAUCAGACUGAUGAGAUAAUUGACAAUGAACCUCUUUACGUCAAUCAAUCAAUGAUGUCGAGAGGUCGAACUUCAGACUCCCUGAACAAAUCCUCGGGUUCUGAUUGGAUCGAUACGCCUAAACAAACGGAUGUUUUUCUCCAAGAAGAGAUGGGUCAAGCUACAUCAGACCAAAGGCCUCCGUCGGCUUCCAGCGUAGUGUACCAAAACAUGAGGUCCGUCAUCCCACAAACGGCAAAAACCAACAAAGACAACACGGCAUACCCAGAGAUCACGCAGAACCAAGUCGUCAAAAUCAACUACAGGCCAAUCACCAUUACUAGUCAUGUGCCGGCUCAUCCUUUCUCUGGCCCCGAAGAAAACAACAACAACAACAACAGCAACUACAACUACGAUAGCAACUUCACAUCCAACACAGGAAACAACCGCAACACCCCACCAAAGAGCUACCCCCUCACCCCUCAUAUUUCAGUGGUACACGACUACCCAGUCGACCAGCACGCCAGGGACCAGAUUUCGAACCCUCCCUACUCCUACCCCCACGCCGCCCACCUGCACCCGGGCAACGGUCAACUCUACGAACCGAACGGUCACGUGACACGGCACCGCUCCGUCCAGCUCUCCCCCGUGGAGAUCGCCCAGAUGCUGGACACGCCCUUCGCCACAAACAUCAUCUCUGAUGAGCAGGGCGACAGGCUGUCAACCUUAGUGUAAGGCUCCGCUCGCACUAUUUUCUGUAUACAUCCAGGAUACUUUGUUGGAUAAAUUUAACUCAUUGUACGCACUAUUUUCUGUAUACAUCCAGGAUACUUUGUUGAAUAAAUGUAUCACUGCGUACACACUAUUUUCUGUAUACAUCCUGGAAUACUCUCUAUUGCAUAAAUAUAACGCAGCGCACUCACUAUUUUCUGCUCACACGACAAAUUACUCUUUACGGGUAAAUGUAUCACUACGCACGCACUAUUUACUAUUAAAAUGAUGGAAUACACUUCACUUGAUAAAUAUAAUACUGUGUGUAUAAAUCAAGAUGACUUUAUUAAAUAAAUGUAUCUCUGCGCACGCACUAUUUUCAAUACACAUCUGGAAUACUCUGUAUUGCGUACGCACUAUUUUCACUGUGUACUAUUUUUCUCAAUUCAUCGGGUUAUUAUAAUAAUAUUUAUCAUAAGUGCAGAAUUCUCACGUGACGGCGGACUAAUCUUCAUGGAUAAUAAUAUGUGAUUUUUCUAAGUGCCACUAUUGAAAAAAAAUAUACAAAAUGUCUUUUGUUUACUUUUAAAGCAACCCGUUUAAAUAGCCAAAUCGAGUUGAAAAUACAGAAAACUAUUUAUACGCAGUUCCUCUAAAGGAUUCUCAAGACUUAUUUCAUCGAAAAGAAGCUUAUACUGGUGGACUAACAGUCACCAAUAUAGCACGUGACCUUUGAACUUUAAAGCUCCUCUCUCGCUCGACCACCGGACUUUGAUCAUCUUCACAAGGGCUUCGAUGGCCUUUGAUUCUUCUUCAUUUGACAUUUCUAUUAGAACAGUUAUCGGCCUUGUUACAGGUGGUAGUAGGUUGCGUCCCCUGAUGGACGAAAAUAGCACAGUUUAGAGGGUAAAAUAUGGUCGCUGUGAUAACAAGGAACGAGAGUUAAAUAACAAACCGCAAGCACCAGAUGUGGGACAGCUUCCAGGAUGGUUCUAGAAAAUGGUUCUCUAAUACAUAUCUAGCACUCCUUCUCUUAAAACUGCUGCAUCGCCACAUGGUUACAUAUUUUAAUCAGGCAACGUAAUUUAUUUGCUAACAUUUUCUGGUUUAUAUAUACACCUGUAUGUGUGUGUGUGUGUGUGUGUGUGUGUGUGUGUGUGUGCAGUGGCUCGGGUAAGAUUUUGCCAAUGUGGCGCGGGUGGGUGGGGCUAGAUAUCAGUUUAGCCGAUAUAUAUAUAUAUAUAUAUAUAUAUAUAUAUAUAUAUAUAUAUAUAUAUAUAUAUAUAUAUAUAUAUAUAUAUAUAUAUAAAUAUAUAUACAGACGUAUAAUUCCCAUCCCUCAAUUCCUACUGGCUAAGCCACUGCAUCUGUGUAUGUUUAUGGACAAGUAAUCUUACUUGCAUUCAGCGAAAAUAAAUGUGAAGCCGACACUGAGCUUAAGAACCAAAUGUCUGAUUGUCCAAUGAAUGAAUGGAACUCUUCUAGCAAACAGACUUUUCAUUCAUACAAUACGUUGAUUUGAUUCUCGUUUUGUUUACCCAAGGUAUUAUUUUAGCCCACCUAAAUGCUUUGAUGGAUUCAUCAAUCAAAUAAAUUAUCGAGGGAAAAUUGACCAGCCCACCAAAAUGCUGUGAAAGACUCUUAUAUUAUUGAUUUUAUUUUCAAUCUUUUAAUUUAAAAAAAAAUGUCAAUGUUUGCUAGAGUAUGAAGUUUUAAAUUUCGAAAUUUUUAUUAAAGAGACAUAAAUUUGUAUAAAUAUUUCAACAAUAUUUAAAUUAAUUUUUAAGAAUAAUAUUAAAGAAUAUGUAUAUAUGUAAAUAUUUGUAUGUAAAAUAUAUUGGCAUACACACAAACACAGACACACACAUAAAACUUGAAUUUUACCUGAUGUAGGUAUGUGUAUACAUGUUUCAUUUUUAUUUUUUUAAAUUUUGAAGUGUAAAAUAUAAUAAUCAAAUUUUGUUUUUAAAUCUGAGUGAUGUUAAAUAUGCUUAAACAAUUUUUUUGGGGAAAUUUUUUUUUAGAUGAUUUCAAAUCGAGCAAUAUUUGAAUUGAAUUUAAUGUUAACUUCAACAUUUGACCUUCUUUCAAAAAGUAGUGUUGCGGAUUUACCCUGACUCUCCACGCUCUUAGAGCAAUAUUCAGUAGUCUUUUAAAAAAAACGGGUUUUGUACAUACGAAGCUAAUUGCACGUUCUAAUUGUGACAGUGUGAAUAUGGCAUAAACUAAUUAAUUAGUUCAAUUAUAAGCUGUUUUAGUGGGAUGUAUUUAACACAGAGCCCACAGUUUGUGGUUACAGUUUGAAAG